AUUUAUUAAAUGUAAAAUAAUAACAUCAUGUGCGCGUACCACUUAGACGAGCCUGCACUUUAUAUCUGUCAAGGUGAGAGUUGCUUUGAAAAAAGAAUAUUUUGCCAUAAAUGCUUGAGAGAAAACAGACAUAUGCAUAGUGUUAAUAAACAUGAAUUAAUAAGUGCAUUGCCAUAAAUUUUGGAGGGUUCAAAUUAUGAUUGUGAUUAACUAGUAGAAUUUAUUGAAGAAGCCUUUAAUGAAAUCAUUUUAUUUAAGAAUUACUUAAUAAGGGCGAUCAAAAUGAAAUAUCAUAUUUAAACAUAGUAAUUCAAUGAAAUUAAUAUUGAAUCUAAAUGCUAAGUAUUAGAUAAUUUGAUCAAAUUCAAAGAUGAUUCAAAAAUUAUUUAAAAAGUAUUGGAUCAACCCUUUAAGACAGUUUUAUCUCAUAUUAAAGAUGGAAUAACAGAUGUUUGUUUAGAAUAAGUAACUUAUCUAAGAUAGAUUACUGAAUAAGAGCGUCAGUAAUUUUAAAAUCAUAUCAACGACAGUAAUUUAUUUAUUCAAAAAUUUAGGUUAGAAUUUAGUUUAAUCCAACCGCUUUGAGUAAGCUUUAGAAUAGGUAGAGAAAGCACUACUUAUAAAUCCAAGACAUUUAGAUGCACUUAAUUUAAAAGGUUUUCUUAUUUUUAAUUACUAGGCAAUAUUUUAAUGAGGCUUCGAAGAUUAAAUGAAGCUCAAUAGCAAUUUACUUAAGCUCUUAAAAUAGAUGAAUUGCAUAUUACAUCCAGGUUUGCAUUAGGUAGAUAUAUUUUAUAACUGUCUAGGUUCUUGUUAUAUACUUUCCAAUUAAAGAAGAUUGGCACUGCAAUAGUUAUUUAAAAUAGUAGAUAUUAAUCCUGGCAAUCAAUAAGCAAUAAAUUAAAUAGAUUAAUUGCUAUUAGAAACUUAGUGA